GGGGAGAGGGCUUCCGAAAAAACCUACACAUUUACUGGAAACUGUGCUUAUGACGACAUCCUUCGCACUCCCCCCUCCUCGUAUAAAACCUCCACCUCACCUCACAAAAUAAACGUCUCUUCGGCUCUCUCUUUCUCGUUUGCCCGAGAAGCUUUGUUUAUUUUUUAACACUAAGCUAAAUAAGUAGCUAUAUUCGCUUGCCAUGGAUCAACCACCAUCGUACCAGCCAGAGUUUGUCCCAAUGAAAGGAAAUAAGUACAUGCGUCUUGAAGACCCUCACGGAGCGGCCAAGUUCCAACAUACCGUCGUCUUGGGACAGCCCCAACCCGUUGUACCUCAGCCCAGGGAUCACAUUAUCUGGUCACUUUGCAGCCUUGUUUACGGCAACCCAUUCUGUCUCGGAAUGUUAGCUGUGUAUUUCUCCAUAAAGGUGAGUUGGAAUUCUCCUUAUAUUACUUAUUAUAGAAAUGUCUGGUAUGGGUGCUUUUAUUGUCUGGAUUUAGAAGUUGAGCAAGGGGGAGCCAGCAGGCCAGAGGUGGAUGAACGCAAUGUCCUCGUUUGGGUGUAGGGACUGAUCAGAGCCUGAAGGUACAGGGGUGCCGUUCCCCUCACUGCUCCAAAGGCAAGCACCAUGGUCUUGUAGCGGAUGCGAGCUUCAAUUGGAAGCCAGUGGAGUGUGCGGAGGAGGGGGGUGACGUGAGAGAACUUGGGAAGGUUGAACACCAGACGGGCUGCGGCAUUCUGGAUGAGUUGUAGGGGUUUAAUGGCACAGGCAGGGAGCCCAGCCAACAGCGAGUUGCAGUAGUCCAGACGGGAGAUGACAAGUGCCUGGACCAGGACCUGCGCCGCUUCCUGUGUAAGGCAGGGUCGCACUCUCCGAAUGUUGUAGAGCAUGAACCUGCAGGAGCGGGUCACCGCCUUGAUGUUGGCGGAGAACGACAGGGUGUUGUCCAGGGUCACGCCUAGGCUCUUCGCACUCUGGGAGGAGGACACAGCGGAGUUGUCUACCGUGAUGGCGAGAUCUAUAUAGGCGACCCACUUUGAACUAUGGAAGGAGGAGGACAGUAUAACAUUUUUCAAAAUUCGUGUUUUGCCUGCUUGUUAUCACACUGUUAUAAAAAUGUGUAGCCUAUACUUCAUCUAUAGACCUGACCUCCAAAAGUGUAUUAAGGAGUAUUAAACCACUGAGAUAAUACAUUACUGAGAUCCUCCCAUUAGUGUGACAUGUUAUGUUGUGUGCAUGUUGUUAACUAAUAUGCAUAGCUAUAUAAACACAAUCAGCAACAUAUGAAUGAUUCUAUAAUAUAAAUUAUUGUACAUUUUGUUUUCCAGUCCAGGGAUAGGAAGAUGGUUGGAGACUUGGAAGGAGCAAGACAACAUGGGAAUACUGCACGCUGCUUUAAUACUGUGACCCUGACCCUGGUAAUCCUCGGGCUGCUCUUCCUCUUCAUCACCUAUGGUAUCAUCAUCUACCAAUUCACACACCCUGAGUAGUUCCAGUCUUUGCUUUUGUAAAAAGUGUUCAUUUGGAGUCUUACCAGAUGUUACACACCUCUCUAUGAGUGUGUCCUGAUACAUUUCAGCUCAUCUCUUAAACACACACACUAUGGAAGUUCCUUCAGCAGUGUGUACCAGAUCUUAUUUGCGCUUUAGUUUUGUAUUUUAAGGAUGCAAGAUGAUUCUGUUGAAGUUACAUUGAAAUGUUAUUUUCAUCAAUAAAUGAUUUUUGUUUAUAAAUGCAUUACGUUUGAGUUGUUAUAGCUGUUAAUGGAUGUUAACGUUUCUGAUUGACUAAUCCCAUAUAGACAUACACUCACUUAACAAGAAAACAUUCUCAUGGCUUUGUAUCUACUUGGCAGAGUCAGCAUAACAGAACUUGGCUCGAGGCAGCAUUUCAAUUG